UGCCCCGGGAGGUGCAGCGGAAGCGGCGGCGCCAUGGCGGCGGCGGCGGCGGCGGCCCCCGUCCCCGAGGCCUGGCCCGAGCUGGAGCUGGCGGAGCGCGAGCGGCGGCGCGAGCUGCUGCUGACGGGGCCCGGGCUGGAGCAGCGGGUGCGUGCGGCGGGCGGGCGGCUGCCGCCGAGGCUCUUCACGCUGCCGCUGCUGCACUACCUGGAGGUGAGCGGCUGCGGGAGCCUGCGCGAGCCGGGCCCGGGCCUGGCGCAGGGCCUCCCGCAGCUGCACAGCCUCGUGCUGCGGCGCAACGCGCUGGGGCCCGGCCUGAGCCCCGAGCUCGGCCCGCUGCCCGCGCUGCGCGUGCUCGACCUGUCUGGCAACGCGCUGGAGGCGCUGCCGCCGGGCCAGGGCCUGGGCCCCGCCGAGCCGCCGGGCCUCCCGCAGCUGCAGAGCCUCAACCUCAGCGGCAACCGGCUGCGCGAGCUGCCCGCCGACCUGGCGCGCUGCGCCCCGCGCCUGCAGACCCUCAACCUCACCGGCAACCGCCUGGACUCCUUCCCCGCCGCGCUCUUCCGCCCCGGCGCGCUGCCCCUGCUCAGCGAACUGGCGGCCGCCGACAACUGCCUCCGAGAGCUCAGCCCCGACAUCGCCCACCUGGCCUCGCUCAAGACGCUGGACCUCUCCAACAACCAGCUCAGCGAGGUCCCGGCAGAGCUGGCCGACUGCCCCAAGCUCAAGGAGGUCAACUUCCGGGGGAACAAGCUGACGGACCGGCGGCUGGAGAAGAUGGUCCGCAGCUGCCAGACCAGGUCCAUCCUGGAGUACCUGCGCGCCGGGGGCCGGGGCGGCGGGCGGGGCGGGGGCAAGGCGCACGGCCCGGAGAAGGAGGAGGCCCGCAGGAGGCGGCGGGAGCGGCGGAGGAGGGAGAGCGGCGAGGGGGAGGACGAGGAGGUGGGCGAUGCCGGCCGGAUGCUGCUCCGGGUGCUGCACGUGUCCGAGAGCCCCGCCCCGCUGACGGUGCGGGUCAGCCCCACGGUCAGGGACGUCCGGCCGUUCAUCGUGGGGGCCAUCGUGAGGGGCCUAGACCUGCAGACGGGGAACGCGCUCAGACGGCUCCUCACCUCCCAGACCAAGCUCCAUGAGGAGCUCUGUGAGAAGAGAACGGCCGCCACCAUCGCCACCCACGACCUCAGAGCCGUCCGCGGGCCCCUGCUGUACGACACCCGCCCGCCGCAGGACCUCAAGAUCGUCCCCUUGGGGCGCAGAGAAGUCAAGGCCAGGGACCUGGUGCGGCAGCUACAGCUGGAGGCCGAGGAGCACAGGAAGCAGAAGAAGAGGCAGAACGUCUCAGGCCUGCACAGGUACCUGCACUUACUGGACGGUAAAGAGAGUUACCCCUGCCUUGUGGAUGCAGAUGGCGAUGUGAUCUCCUUCCCGCCCAUAAGCAACAGCGAGAAGACGAAGAUUAAGAAAACCACCUCAGAUUUGUUUUUGGAAGUAACAAGCGCCACGAGUCUACAGAUAUGUAAAGAGAUCAUGGACGCCCUGGUGCUGAAAAUGGCAGAAAUCAACAAAUAUACGUUAGAAAAUAAAGAGGACGGAUCCGUUUCAGAUACUGAAGCCGACGCACUUUCUGGACAGCUUCCGGAGCCCAGCGCGAACGCAAGUGCAGACACGGCUGGGAACGCCUCCCUGGUGGUGGAGCAGGUCCGGGUAGUGGAUGAGGAAGGGCACCUGAGGGUGGUGUACCCCUCCAAGACGGACCUGGGCCUCGCUGCUCCCCACGUGACCGUGAUCCGCUGAGCCCCGGGCCGCGGCGGGGCGCGUGUGCGGUGCUGUUGUGUUGUUUGUUAAGUUUCGCCUCGGUGGUUUUUACGACGCGCGUCCCUUGCUUUUCCAGACGAUUCUGUCACAUGAUGCCGUGUUGUCGCGUGCUUAGGUGACUUUGCCUUUCGGCACCAAACUGAUUGUACUAACGCUUUGUAUGAAGUUUCUCAAAUACUGGAGUGAGCCGUUCAGGAUGUUUGUUCCAAAAUCGCGUAGACACAGCGACUAACGUCAUUCAGGGGAGAAAGACACGGAUUGGUUUCGCUAUUCAGAUCUAAACUGGGAAGCUGAACAAUGUGCGUUUCACAGAACCACACAAUUAUUUUUCUGCGAUACAGCAGCUUUUAAAAUCGCACCGAACCAGUAGUGCAGCUUAGAGGCCUGGAGUGACACCAUGUCCCUAGCUGGCCACAAAUCAUCUUUCUAUGAGAAGAAUAUUUUUAUGUGAUCUUGGAAUUGGCAAAGGCAUUUUUCUUAAUACCGUGGAUGCUUUAGGGGUAGAGCCGCACGGUUCCCUCGCGCGGCCCUGGCAGGGCAGAAAGAGGAUCGGGGCUUUGCUCGCUUGUGCACUCGCACCACAGGGACGGGCAGACGUCGGAACGUGCAGCUCAGGGCCAGCACGCAGGUUUCCGGUGCAGAACAGGCUUCACAGACGCAUGGGACACCUCUGCCGUCAGCUGGCCCAAGGACGGACAGUGGCCAUGGCCGCGUGAGGGGUGAACUGUUGUGCAGCAUCUUGUGUUUUAGGGAUUUCCAGUUUUGAAUGUCUGGGCCCAUAGACCACCAGUGUGUGUGUGUGUGUGUGUGUGUGUGUGUACGCGUGCGUGUGUUUACGUGUGUGAGCACACACACUCCUCCCUGGAGGCAGAACGUGCUUGCAGCCAGGCACCAGCCAGCCACAGAGUAGGUGGGUUUUACUGGCCUCUGCCUCGUAGGCGGCCUGGAUGUCAAGAAACUGCCUCCCUGGCUUUUGUCAUUUACUGACUCCCGUCUGUUUCGUGUUCUGUGACUCGCAAAAGACGAGCCGUGUGUUCUGCUGAUUUGGGGAGCAUUUGCAAGAGGCCACGCUGAACCCAGGCCCUUAGCCGUCAGGACCAGACACGUGUGAAGCUUGAGCCUCCCCCUGGGUGGGGCACACUCACAAAGCCACACGGUUCUCUCAGAGCUCAGCCAACCUGCUUUGUAGGACAGGACCCAGCUGCCUUGAGACCCUGUCCCAGCUCUGGUCACCUGCAAGCCUUUCCGUUGGCCCCUGAAGGCGGCGGCUGCUGGGCUGGGCUGGGCUGAAGCAGGUGCACCAGGGUGGCUCUGCCUGGUCUUGUGAACCCCAGACCUGCCAAAUGUCUGUGUUGGUGGCUCUGGCUUGUCAUCGUAUGAGCCUUGGGCGAUCGGGACAGCAACUGCUGGCACCGUGGCCGGCUUGGGGUCUGUGGCUGGGCCACGGCCAAGCGGUUCUCUUGGCUCCUGGCACUCGGUUCCAUGGCCAGGCCCUGUCUGGUCUGUGACCUCGCUGACGUGGACAGAGACGUCAGCCCCACCGCCCGUGACACAGCUCAGCCCCGGGUGAGGUGCUGGAUGUAUUCAACUCACCGCGGAAACAGGAUGGUCUUCCCUUGGCUGGCCCGACCCACUCAUAAACCCGGACACUCUUUCUCUUUGCCAGUGCGGCCCUCUAAUAAACAUUUAAUAAGAACA